GCAGCCGCGCACUAUUAUGAUGGCAACGCCGCGUUGUACUGCUCCGUUUAUAGGAAAAUAAAAAACUAUCGUUGUUACUCGUUUAGUCUCGUGUCUCGUUCGACGUUAUAUUUAUAUUUUAUAGCACCGAUUCGGCGGCCGACACCGACCGCAGCCCGACGUACCGGGUCGUCGCGCAAAUUAUGGAGAAGUUGGACUACGAUUUUGACGCGUGCGGAGGCCUGAUGCCCCAAAUACAGGCCCUUAUUGCGCCUCCGCCUAGCGAAGAGAAGGGCAGGCGCAGAGAAACAAAGCAUCCGUACUAUAGGAGGCCAGGCAAAGGUCACAAUCAUGACUGUUGCGAUGCUUGCGGAGAGGGCGGAGACCUUUUGUGCUGCGACAAGUGUCCCGCAUCAUUCCACUUGCUUUGCCACGAUCCUCCUUUAAAUGAAGAGGAUAUACCCACAGGGAUGUGGUUAUGCCAUAAUUGUAAAUUUAAUAAUGCUCAGAAUGCCCCGCCAAUUACAAAACAGAUAGAGAAAUUAAAGAGAGACGUAAUUGAAAGUCCAGCAACUUCAAAAUCUGCAACACCGAUAUCAUUCUCAGUCACAAAUGCCACCAACGAAACAACUGGCCAGUUGUGUAGACUCUUCUGGCGGAGAGAUUCCGAGCAAGAUUUGAUAGGUCCUGCAGAAGCAAAAGAGAUUGCUUUAGGAGUUGCAGAAACAGUACCAGAGGUGGAGAUGACCAAAGUGGAAGAAUUUGUGGCACUGAAGGAAUUAGUAGAUAUCAAGUUGGAGAGUGAACCUUUGACUAAAGAACCAGCUGCUGACCAGGAUCUGCAGCCCCUCAAGACGCUUAUUCAAGCUGCUGCACAGCUUAAUCCUAAAGAAUUUGAGCUUCCGUAUGAGUUCAUGGAACCCAUCACUCUUCCAGGCACAGAGAAAGCCAUGCUAAGGAGAGGGAAGAGUAAAAGAAAACCCCAUGAGCUUGAUAAUGGAUUGGUCCCUUUGCCAGCCAAACUUUGUCACGAAUGUCACAAGAGUUGCCGGUUGGCCCCUCUUUUAGCCUGUGACUACUGUCCUCUUCUUUUCCAUUUGGAUUGUCUGACUCCUCCUUUGACCACUGUUCCCAGUGGGAGAUGGAUGUGUCCUGCGCACUCCAAUCAUUCUGUGGACCAAAAACUUCUUCAAUCUAGUGGGGCUACGGAAAGGCUUCGAUUAUGGGACCAAUAUUGUGUGGCUCCGAUUGAUCCAGAAGCCAUCAAAAUCAACUUCCUGAGGCAUUCACGGAUUUCUCAAAGCUAUCAUAGAAAAAGAUUGCCUAGAGUUAAACUUUGCGCUAAAAAUACUGCAAAGAUACCUGAGGCAGUACGACAGCACUACAUGGACCCAAAACCUUUGGUACCCCUAGGGGGCCCUUUACUUACCAUGGUAACUCCUGCUGACACUAUUCCUAAGGAAUCUACCAAAGAGGAGCAAGAUUUGUGGCUGAUGAGUGUAAUGGCCCUGCAAACAAGCAUUGCUUCACAUCUUCAUCUCAAGCACAAGGACUCUAAAUCUAAUCAUGCAAAAGUGCAACCAGUUGAAAACAAUGCACAAUUACACAGUAAUGGAGGUUUGUGCAAUGGUUACUUGGAUGUUGACAUGGACAAAUCCCAAAGCAAAAGCUUUAGUUACCCUUCAAACCAGUCAAGAAAGCUAGCUGCGCUCUUGCAGGGAAACAUUUUUUCAGGGAAGGAAUCUGAUCUGGAAUUUUUAGAUGAUUCCUUGAUACGAGCACUGGCCAUGCAACGACUCCAAGAAUUAACAUCCGGAGCUCCUUACAUGCCAAUAGCCAAGCCUAACGCCCAACUCGCCCCUUGCAUAUCACUGCCGCUGUCAUCCAUAUACAUCCCACAGAAUAUUGCAACCAAGGCUGCAAUUUACCCUGUAGUUUCCUGUAAAGUUAUUAAAGAACUUGCCCACUGCUUGGCAUUGCAACAGCUCUCUAUUGGAUUGGGCUCUAAUGUUGACAUCGAUCUCUCCAGAUACGGCCACUGUAAUUUUGUAUCAUCUCUACACGCUCUCAUUUUCUACGAUAACAGCACAAAAGAAUUUGAACUGAUGAACUAUAGCGAGCAUGGUACAGUGAUAGACAGUAUCUUUUAUUGUAUUGAGGAGAGCCAGAUUGAAGUUUAUCAACCUCCUCAGCCAAACUACAAUCCCCGAGAUCCACCUUUGGCCUUUGGCGCAAGGAAAAUUUUGGCUGCAAGAAGGCGUAGAUGGAAGUGUACAAAUGAUGCGUUGAAAGAAGAACCUGAAAAGGCAAAUUUGAAAUCACCUAUUACUAAUUACGAAGAACUGCCAGAUGAAAAUGCAAAUAAAGAAUUUGAGGAGCUGAGGAUCAAGAAAAGAAUAAGUUCCUUGCAAAAAAAAUGCAAUUGCAACACAAAACGCUUGGAAAAACUGAAAGCACAAGGGCCAGGAUGGGAAGGCACAGCCAUCCUUAAGCACGGGUCUCUCCUCAAAUUCGGUUGCCUUCAGUUCAUCUUUGCACGAUCUUGGCCAGAGAGUAUUGAAGAGAAUAGCAUUUUGUCAACUAAUUUGUAACUUCUGUACUAAAUUAGAAUAAUUGAGCAGGUAAAGAUUAAAAAAAAGUACAACUUGUUAUUUGUGAGUAAGACAUAAUGAUCGGCAUCUAUUUAGAAGCAGAACUAUUAUUGGGGGACAUUCACUACAGAUAUCCUCCCUGGCUAACUAUACUUCAUGGUUAUCCCCGAAGGACGUCUAAAGUUAAUGUCACCCAUUAUAUUGCUGAAAAGCGAAUUUUUAUUUUAUUAUGAAUCUGUAAAUUUAAGUUCCCAAAUCUCAAGAAUUGACGCAAUAAUGUUGAUCAAAUUGAAAUGUAGUUGAAUAUUAAAUUCUGACGUUAAAAUACUAUAAUUCUGAAGUAAAUUACUGUUGUUUAUUCUACUCAAGUCAUUGUAUUGUAGUUUUUUUAGUAUUAAUUUAAAUCCGACUUCCUUGCAAAUUUAAUAAGAAGUUUCUGCAUGAUACAACACAGAAAAUCUGCUUUCGGUUGCAACCCUAAUUCAAGAGAUGUAUUUUCUUGGAAAUAAAAACGCAGCAGAACUUCUAUUUCAUCAAAAAGUGAAUGACUUGAGUGCCAAAAAGUUCCACAACUUCGUUGAUGUUAACCUUAAAUUAAUGAGUUAUUUAUAUAUCUAAAUAAAAAGUUUCUUGAAAUUGCUCUGAAAUUAGAAUCACUAUAAUUAAGUAAAGAAAAAUCCAAAUAAUGGCCAAACAGUAGAAUUAUUUAUUAUUUACAACUUUUGGGAAAUAAAAAGGUUCAACAUAUUACUCAG